AUGGGGGUUAAGUGUAUAACUCAAUUUGUUGCUUCAACUAUAGCAGCUAUAUUCACACCAAAGCAGCAUCUAGAAACACAAAUAUACAAGACCGUGUGUAAAGGGGCAUAUAGGAAUUUCAUUUCUGGGGUUUGUAACCCUUCUCGGAUUCUUGGGAAUUACACUUCCAAAAAUGUUAGUCAGAAAAAUUGGUUGUUAUUGGGAGCUCUGAAUGCCAAUUUUGGCUCAGCUAGAUUAAUUCAUGGCACUGCGCCUAUGGGGAGAGAUUAUUAUGAUGUACUUGGUGUGAGCAGGAAUGCAAAUGCAUCUGAGAUUAAAAAAGCUUAUUAUGGGCUUGCGAAGAAUCUGCCUCCAGAUACAAAUAAAGAUGAUCCUGAAGCUGAGAAAAAGUUUCAAGAAGUUCAAAGAGCAUAUGAGGUUUUGAAAGAUGAUGAGAAGCGACAACAAUAUGAUCAGGUUGGCCAUGAGGCAUAUGUACAACAAGGAGACAGUGGUGUUCCCAAUGAUUUUCAUAAUCCAUUUAAAGAUUUCUUCCAAGACAAUAUAUUCAAAGACCUCUUUGGUCGUAGACAUGGCGGUGAAGAUGUCAAGCUAUCUCUUGAACUAUCCUUUAUGGAGGCUGUUCAGGGAAGCACCAAGACAGUGACAUUUCAAACUCAUUUGCCAUGUGAACCUUGUGGUGGGCGUGGUGUUGCCCCUGGAGUCAAACCUGAAAAAUGUACUUGCUGUAAAGGCUUAGGAAUGGUCAAUAUCAUGCAACAGGGCCCAUUUAUGGUGCAGAUUACUUGUCCUCAGUGUCAUGGAGAACGGGAAAUUGUGCCACCUAAGUAUAUCUACAAGUCAUGCAAAGGAAGGCGAGUUGUAUUAGGAACGAAGUCAGCCAAGCUUAAUAUCGUGCCAGGAGUAGAUAAUGAUGAGACCAUAAAGGUGAGUAGAAGUGGUGGAGCAGAUCCUGAUGGAAAUCAACCUGGUGAUCUUUAUAUUGUCAUUAAGUUAACUGAAGAUCCUGUUUUCCGAAGAGAAGGUGCUGACAUUCAUGUAGAUGCUGUUUUGAGUAUUACUCAGGCAAUUUUGGGGGGAACAAUCCAAGUCCCAACUCUCACAGGAGAUGUAAUCCUCAAGGUUCGCUCUGGCACCCAGCCCAGUCAGAAGGUAGUUUUGAAGAAGAAAGGGAUCAAGACGAGGAACUCUUACUCAUUUGGUGAUCAAUAUGUGCACUUCAAUGUCAGCAUUCCGUCGAAUUUGACCCCAAGGCAACGUGAAUUGAUUGAAGAGUUUGCCAAAGAAGAGCAAGGGGAAUAUGAUAAGCGUGCUACUGCUGGAGCAUCAGGGUAAAAUGUAGACCAAUUGGUGUCAUUUGUUUGCUAAUUCUUAGCAAAAAAGGAUUAAGGCAACUAAAGAAAAAGCAUCUAUUGUUGAAAGACCCACCCACUCUAUAAG